AUGUUGGUGAGGAGAUCCUCCCCAAGAGUUGACUUCGAAGAGCACUUGAGCAUUGAGGGCGACGAAGAAUUCAAAAAAAGCGUCCGUACUAGUUCAAAGGAGUUUAUUCGUAUUACGAGCUUGACAAAGGUGGUUGAUGAUUUGAUCCUGGGGAUCCAGAGCUCGAGCGAGGUGUCAGAGGUAGGAAGUUUACCUGAGGAGCACGUAUCAUCCAUUUGCAAGCUUGCGUUGCUACUAGAAUGGCACAUAUACUGCAUCAGGUUUGAUGAUGAUGCCACAUCAUCAAAGGCUGAUUUCUUCACGCUCCUACAGUUGAUCCUGGAGUCACUCUUUGCAAUAUCAACAAAACACAUCUCCCGCUUCUGGGAGUACUUGGAGCUGCGGAUUAAGCUCUUUAAACAGCAUGUUUUUGACAAGAACAUUACACUGCACAGAAUUGCCCUUUUAGGUUUGUGCAAUGGUCUCACAGAUAAAUAUUACAUCCGCAACUCAUUUGGGAAACUAGAUUCCUACGUCAAGGAUACCUUCAACGACGAGUUCCAAGCACGUGUGCGGCUAUACCUCGCCACAAUGCUCUCUUUUGAGGAUCUGACGGGUCUUAAUAAGUACUUUGCCAUAGCAAAUAGGGAAAACAAGGAACCUGCAGUUGUCAGAACCAACUCUCCUGAUGACAACCUUUUGGAAGAUCUUUUAUCAUUCUACAGGUUGCUGAGAAACCCUUUCUACUACCUCAGAUCUCCAAGACUUCUACACAGUGUGGCUGUAUCCAUGGAUAAAUUCGCCUCGUACCUAAUGGAACAAGAAGCCAAAUACGCUGUGCGUCACCCUGGACGAGACAUAUUCGCUGUGACUACGCCUCAAACGGAACAAGAAGUUGCAGAGUCAACUGAAAAACUGAAGAGAGUUGUUUUUUUUCCGGAAACAUACUGGCUCACUCCAUUCGAAAGCCGAAAAGAUGAGAAAGUCAAACUUGAUGACCAAAAGAACAUCAUCAAGAAGUUGGACUCGUCGUCUUUCCGUCGCCUACUACUCAUACAUAUCUACUUGGUGUGCAGCUUUUUUGUUGCGCUUCUGCCUGCCAACAAACGGUCACUCUUAAAAACUGCAGGCGCUCCUGCCAAUGUCAAGCAUAUCUCAGAAGAGUUCACCCCAGAUGCACUGUACAAGAUCUUCCUCAAUAACAAAAGAGAUAUACCUAAAAAUUGCCUUACGUGGGAUUCACAACUCUCGAAUCUAUUGCUGAGUCUCUCGCAAUCUGAGGAGCAUUGGUGGGCAUGGCUCUUGUAUGGCAAGGACAGAGACGGAAACCUCUUGUUGACGGACAAGAAUAUAAGUGACGAAGAGCUAGCGGCAGUGAAAGAGAAGCACUCUUCCGCUGUCCCAUUUAAGACCAAGAGAUACUUCAACACCCACGCCACACCUCAACUUUCCAGAAAGAUGAAGACAAAAACAGGUUUACACUUACUUGAGCGCAGAUCUGAUGAAGGCAUUGAUUACUCUGCCAAAAUAGAGGAGCUCAAAGGAAAAAUUGAGCAUGCUCAAAUUGAAGGUGACGUGGAAACCGUCAAGGAGCUCACUGAAGCAAAAACUAUACUUCUAUGGAAGCAUAUCAAGGCUGCACGUCAACACCAGUGGUUGCAUCUUGGAAAGUUAUUAUCGGAAGAAGAUCUUGGUAAGUCUGACAUUGCAAAGGACGUAGAGAUGGAGGAUGCCACUGUGAACGGUGAGAUUAUUGAAAAAAAUAGUCGCGAGAAAACAGAGAUUCAAGAUGGUGACGAGGCUUCGGCAAACAAGGGGCUCUUGAAACAAGAAAAUCAGGAGGUUUCUCAGGGUGAUGAAGACCAGAAUAAACUAGAGGGCAAUCGGACAGUUGACGAAAAACACGAUAGUCCGAACGACCCAAACAGCCAGGACAUUCCGGGAAAUGGCAAUGAACACAAGGACAAUGUCCAACAUGAGCAGGACACAUCCAAAGAUGCUAUGCACAUCGAUGAAUCAAAGCCCCCUGAGAUUCCAGAAAGCCAAAUCGAGCAGGAAGACAAGAGUACAGAAAAAGAGAAGGCAAAGGAACAAGGGGCUCUUGAAGACACUCCAGAUGAAAGUGAACCCAAACCUCGUUCUGAGUCUCCUCCAGCUGUUCGCAGGCUGUUAAGAAAGCGUACUAGAUCGCCAGAAGCAGAAGACAUCAGCCAAACCUCCAAAAAGAGAAGAGCCUAA